GUGUCAAACUGUGGGUGGAGCUGAGCAUAAGUGAAAUAUAUUAAAUGAUGUGAGGACAAAGUGAAGGAGUCACUGUUAACAUGGCUCUCCACCAGUUUCUGUGUGGCUUCACUGUGGUGAUCAUUCUCUUAUCCAAAGGUUGUCAGUCACAGGAAUGUGGCAAAGCUCCCACAAACACCAGAAUUGUGGGAGGUCAGAAUGCGCCCCCAGGAAGUUGGCCCUGGCAGGUCAUUUUGAACAAAGACAAUGGAGACCUCUGUGGGGGGUCACUGAUUAACGACCAGUGGGUGCUGACAGCUGCUCACUGCGUAACAGGGUCUCCAAACAUAACGGUCAUUCUGGGCCGCCACAGCCAGUCAGGUCCAAGCAACGAUGAAGUGUCACUGGGUGUCUCUCAGAUCAUUCUCCACCCUUCAUUCGGAUUCAUAUUCAACGACAUCGCUCUGCUGGAGCUGUCGGCCUCUGUGAAUUUUACUGACUACAUAAGACCAGUAUGCUUGGCCUCAGCAGACAGCACUUUCCACACUGGGACUAACAGCUGGGUCACUGGUUGGGGUGUUACUUUGCCUAAUGGUACUGGUUUCCCAGACAUCCUACAGGAGGUUAGAGUACAAAUAGUGGGAAACAAUGAGUGUGGAUGCGACUAUGGGCCUAUCAUCACAGAGGGGAUGAUCUGUGCUGGACCCAAAGCCGGAGGGAUAGCUCCAUGCCUGGGAGACUCAGGGGCGCCACUGGUGAUCAAAGUCAAUGACAGCUGGGUCCAGAUUGGAGCUGCAAGUUUUCAUCGAGGCUGUGCAUUGGGUACUACUGGUUUCACCCGUGUGUCCUACUACGAGGAAUGGAUCAGCAACGUCACCGGCAGCAACAGACCAGGCUUUGUUACCUACACCUCCCCUGGAGUUGACAGUGACCUAAACUAUACCUGUCCAACAUCACCACCCAUCACAACCACAGCCACUAACACCAACACCACCACUAGUGACGAUAAGGAUGGUGACAGUGUAUUUGACGGUGGUGAAAAAGUGAUCCACUUCUCUCACUUCACCUCACUCUGUGCUCUUGUUCUCUCUCUCUUUGUACUGGGUGGUGACGCCUGACAUGAAAAUGUGAAACGAUGUUGAAUGAUGAAUGGUUUAAGAUUCCUGUUCCCAGAUGUCUUGUUCACUGUUCGAUAAUGAGUCCUUCAUAUGAUAACAGCACAAAAACAUUUUUAUUGUAGAAUAUUCAUCCAUAUAACCAUUUUCUCCCACCUAUCUGAGGUUAAGUUGUGGUGGCAGCAGAGUAUUUUCUGUCUUUCUAAUAAAAUUUUGAUGUCAUCUAAUCACAAAUGGGAUUGUUUGACUAAUAAAACUGUUGAAUUAUCAGUUUUAAAUCUGUCAUCUAUUAAUAUAUGAAUAAAGUUUGGUACUGGGCA